GUAGUCAAGGUUCCCCACAACACAUCUACUGGCCAAUUUCCGUACAGUGAACUCAGAGUUCGCAGGAAUUCGUUGGCGAACGUUCUCCUCAGAGAAAAAUGCAGUAUUUUCAGAUAGUUCACUUAUUUAUAUGGGAAACCCAAACUUUCAUCCGCACUACUGAAGUUGAGGGACUCCCAACAAGAAGACCCAUGUGUGCAUGGAUUGUGUGCUGACGUUACUCAUCCGAGAGAAUACGUAUCCGUUCUUUUACUACGGUUAUGUUCUCGCUAAUGUUACAGGAAGUGCAUACUUCGGAGUGAGGGGUUAGUGUCGCUGCAGUUAUCACCUGGCAAAUGUUACAAAGCUAUCCUGGAGCCCGUGUGUUCAUGAUAUAUGAUUGUCGAUUGAACAUUUGUGGAAGCAAAAGUGUCACGUCACCGAAGGAAUUCUUGUAGUGUAUUCAUUCUUGUAUGCCGUAGUAAACUGUGAACUCUUUAUUCCGGCGAUGGAUUGUGCUCUUUUCGAACCGUCUCUGUACAUCGUCAAGGGAAUUGUUAUUAUGGAUAACGAUGGAAAUCGCCUUCUGGCGAAUUAUUACGACCAGAAAGCAUUCCCGUCGAAUAAGGAGCAGAAAGCAUUCGAGAAAAACUUGUUCUCUAAGACUCAUCGGGCAGCUGCUGAGAUUAUCAUGUUGGAUGGCUUCAUUUGCGUGUACCGUUCCCACGUAGACCUCUUCUUCUAUGUCAUCGGGAGUACCCAGGAGAACGAGCUUCUGCUCGUCUCAGUUUUGAAUACAGUGUACGAUUCCGUGCAGCAGAUUUUGCGGAAGAAUGCGGAGAAGCGAGCCCUCCUAGACAAUUUGGACGUUGUUAUGCUUGCGAUCGACGAAAUCUGUGAUAGAGGAAUUCUCUUGGAUGCGGAUGUAUCAAGUGUUGUGUCCCGAGUAUCUUUGAGGGCUGAUGACAUUCCUAUUGGGGAGCAAACUGUUGCGCAAGUAAGUUUUCAAGCCUCGUUAUUCUGUAAUCUCAUCAACGCUUUAGCUUGUCCCGGAUUCAUGAAAUUGUAG